AUGGAUGUCGAUUCGAGCCAAAGCUGCAUCAGCGCCAUCCCAGCCUUUAUGUACAAUCGCAAGUUUUUCCCAGAUGAGGACUUGAAAGGGAGGCAUAUUCCUGGUAUUUUCUAUAAUAUUAUGAAAUACUUCAAACAGGAAGGUCUUGGCUCUGGUCCAUUCACGGGCACGUUUAGGGAAUUUACCAUCACGGACGAGAAUGGCCAGAAUGUGGACUACGAUGACUCUGGGCCGCGAAGUGCGACGAGGAGCCUAAAAUCCUUGGAAAGCUGGCUCGCUUAG